AUGCUUCUGAAUCCGUUCCGACCAUGCGAGGGCUCGCCAACAUUUCAAGAAGAGUAUAGGGGCAGCUACGUACCAGCAGUUAUCAAUACAGGACAUGGCCUCCAGGUUGUGGCGCCGGAUACUCCAUACGUGGCAGCGGCCGGCAAAGACAAGUUAUACUUUAUCGACACCCGCUUCGAUGCUGAGACUGCAAAGCACGUGAAGGAACAAAUCGAGAAGGCAACUGUACCAAAUCCGGAGGAGUACAUCGCUAUAGACGAGAUUUCAGCUACGGCGGAAAUAAAAAACUCUGUGACCGGCGAGACGACAUUCGUGUUCGACCCCUCCUAUGCCAGGGUGCUGUUUGCAAAGGGAAUAAACAGGCGCAACCCGGAGCUCAAACUGCCCGAGCAUGAGCCCGCCGGCGAUUGGCUAGACUCACGGAACGAGCUAAUCGGUUUUGCUACGAUUUCGGCUGUUACUCCAAUCAGGACUGCAUACGGCCAAACACAUAGCAACUGCCGGAUUUGCCACCAUUAUAGGGUUGACAACGAGUGUGACGAAGCGUUGACUAAUGCCCUCGGUGUGUGCCACCCUAAACUCUGUUCGAAGGCUGUCGACAUACCAAAGGAAGAUGGAGAGACGGACGCCAGCUAUUAUGAAAGGAUGGACAAGUUGCACUGGGCAUGA